AACGACGUGAAGCCAAAAUGGCGGCGUCGGUGGCCGGUUCAGGCCUGAGGGGAGGGAGCGAUGGCGGCGGCUCCGGACCCUCUGUUUCCUCAUCCUCCUCGCUAUCCAUGGAGCAAAUCCGGGCGCUCACUGAUCUGCCGGAGCUGGAGGCCGCCUACAGCCGCCUGUGCGGGGAGGAGAAAGCUGUGGAAGAAGAGUUGGAGAUGCUUCUGGAACAGCAGAGCUCCAUGGAGAGCAAGAUGGCUACCCUUCAUCGCAUGGGUCCUAACCUGCAGCUCAUUGAAGGCGAUGCAAAGCAGCUAGCUGGAAUGAUCACCUUCACCUGCAAUCUGGCUGAGAAUGUCAGCAGCAAAGUCCGACAGCUCGACCUUGCCAAGAAUCGCCUCUAUCAAGCCAUCCAGAGAGCAGAUGACAUUCUGGACUUGAAGUUCUGCAUGGAUGGAGUCCAGACAGCCCUGAGGAAUGAAGAUUAUGAACAGGCUGCUGCACAUAUUCAUCGCUACCUUUCUUUGGACAAAUCUGUAAUUGAGCUCAGCAGGCAGGGCCGGGAAGGCAGCAUAAUUGAGGCCAACUUGAAGCUUCUGCAAGAGGCAGAGCAGCGCCUGAAGGUGAUUGUGACUGAGAAAUUUGACAUUGCCACAAAACAGGAAGACCUGCCCCAAGUGGAGCGCUUUUUCAAGAUAUUUCCUCUGCUGGGCUUGCAUGAAGAAGGACUCAGUAAAUUCUCCGAGUACCUGUGCAAACAGGUUGCAAAUAAAGCGGAGGAGAACCUGCAGUUGGUGAUGAAGACAGACAUGAGUGACCGUAGAGCUGCAGCUAUCUUUGCAGACACGCUGACCCUACUUUUUGAAGGGAUUGCCCGUAUUGUGGAGACCCACCAGCCCAUUGUGGAGACCUACUAUGGACCAGGCAGGCUUUAUACACUGAUUAAGCACCUACAGACAGAAUGUGAUCGACAGGUAGAAAAGGUUGUGGACAAGUUUAUCCAGCAGAGAUCCUAUCACAGACAGUUUCAGCAUGUUCAGAACAGCAUGAUGAGGAGUUCAGUUGCGGAAAAGAUUGAGCCAAGGGAACUUGACCCCAUUUUAACAGAGGUUACCUUGAUGAAUGCACGGAGUGAGCUGUAUCUGAGAUUCAUUAGAAGGCGCAUCAUCUCCGACUUUGAGGUGGGAGAUUCCAUGGCUUCAGAGGAUGUGAAGCAAGAGCAUCAGAAGUGCCUGGACAAGCUGCUGAACAACUGCUUACUGAGCUGUGCCAUGCAGGAGCUGAUUGGCUAUUAUAUUACCAUGGAGGAGUAUUUCAUGAGGGAGACUGUCAACAAGGCUGUUGCUAUGGACACAUGUGAGAAGGGUCAGCUGACCUCCAGUAUGGUGGAUGAUGUCUUCUAUAUCGUGAAGAAGUGCAUUGGGCGGGCUCUUUCUAGCUCCAGCAUUGACUGCCUCUGUGCUAUGAUCAACCAUUCCAUCACGGAGCUGGAGUCAGAUUUCAGGGAGGUCUUGUGCAACAAACUCAAGAUGGGUUUCCCAGCCACCACAUUCCAGGACUUCCAGAGAGGUGUGACCAGCGCAGUGAGCAUCAUGCACAGCAGCCUUCAGCAGGGCAAGUUUGACACCAAAGGCAUUGAAAGUACAGAUGAGGCCAAGCAGUCCUUUCUGGUGACAUUAAACAAUGUGGAGAUCUGCAGUGAAAACAUCAUGACACUAAAGAAGACCCUGGAGAGUGACUGUGCCAAGCUGCUUAGCCAGGGGUUUGGGGGUGAACAAGCACAACCCAAGAUUGACAGCUGUCUUUCAGACAUGGCUGCCAUGUCCAACAAGUUUCGAGAUCUGUUGCAGGAAGGGUUGAAUGAGCUCACUAACUCAGCUAUCAAGCCACAGGUGAAACCUUGGAUCAACCUCUUCCUGUCAGUCUCCCAUAACAUUGAAGAGGCGAAGUUCAAUGACUAUGAGGCCAACGACCCCUGGGUCCAGCAAUUCAUCCUCAAUCUGGAGCAGCAGAUGGCAGAGUUCAAGGCAGGAUUGUCACCGGUGAUCUACGACAGCCUGACCAGCCUGAUGACCACCCUUAUUGCUGUUGAACUGGAGAAGGUUGUUCUCAAGUCUACUUUCAGUAGGCUGGGUGGGCUACAGUUUGAUAAAGAGCUGCGCUCCCUAAUUGCCUACCUCACCACAGUGACCACCUGGACCAUCCGUGACAAGUUUGCCCGGCUCUCCCAGAUGGCAACCAUCCUCAACUUGGAAAGGGUAGCAGAGAUUUUAGAUUACUGGGGACCAAACUCAGGCCCACUGACAUGGCGCUUAACCCCCGCUGAGGUCCGUCAAGUGCUGGCUCUCCGGAUGGAUUUUCGCAGUGAAGACAUCAAGCGACUUCGCCUCUAGCUGUCUUUGCAACAACCUACUCCUGCUAGUGGAGAUCACUGGUGCCCUCUCCUAAGAAGGCCUUGCUAUGUUCUUAAGACUGGAGGGAAAUGCAAGUUCCUUUCCCAGUGGGAUCUCUGAAGCUGAAAGAACAACCACCUCAGUAUACGUUGGGUAAACUUCAAAAACUUAGUUCCUCCUUCAGAGAUUUCCCUCUUGUUUUUCUGCAAGUUGGUACAGCUCGCCUGUUUCUACAUCUUUAUCAUGAUGCACUAACAUUUCUACAUAAAUUCCAAGUUAAAUAGCAACUGAAAUUGCCAAGCAAUUAUUGUAAAUUUUAGUUAGCAAGUGGGGCUAAGACCACAGAUCAACUAAGUCAUAGGAACAAGAUGGUGCUUUGGGGGAUGUAGACAUGUCUUCUAUGCCAGUAGAUUCUGCACUCUGUCCUUGGUGUCUCCAGUGAAAAGGCUCUUUAGAAACAGAGACAGUUAAGAUGCCUGACUAUGCCCCUGGAUAGCUGCCUCCAGUCAGAGUCAACAGUGCUGAGCUCCACCAAUCAAUGGUCUGAAUUCAUUUAAGAUCCCUUAAUGUGUUCAUCAUAUGCUGUGCGGAGGGUGGGUCGAUUUAAAUAAAGGAGAUUUACAUCA